UAUUUUCCACAACCCACGAAGUGAAAGUGAAUUAAAACUAGAUAACAUUAAAAAUGGCCGGACGGAAUUUCCCGGGUAUUGAGGUUUCGAGUUUUUCCGAUAUGGUAUUUGGGUUUUUGGACGACGGAGAGGGGUGGCCGGCGGAGGGAUUUGGGAGCAGUUUGGAGAGUGACACGACGGGGUUUGAUGAAAAUGAUGAAGAAAAAGAAAACGGUGAAAGUUUGGAAGAAAGUAAGAGCUUUUGGGAAACCCAAAUUCAGAUCUUACAAGGGAUGAUAUGUCGGAGUAAUUCUGCGGAAUCGAAGAUAAGAAAUGCGACAAAGGAGGCAGUUAAAGAAAUAGAGAGAUCCGGUGGAGGCUGUGCAUGUGGAAGAUCCGUUCUGGCAAUGACGGGCUGCCGGAGUUGUAUGAUGAGGGAAGUUUCCGGUCGUCUUCGAAACGCCGGCUACGAUAGUGCCGUCUGCAAGACAAAAUGGAAAAGUUCUCAGCAUAUACCCUCAGGGGAACACACAUUUUUGGACGUAGUACAGAGGAACACAAAGAAAGGGGAAGUAAGGUUAAUAAUAGAGCUAAACUUGAGAGCAGAGUUUGAAAUGGCAAGAGGAAGCGAGGAGUACAACCGACUAGUACGGCGGCUGCCGGAGAUAUUCGUCGGAAAAGUGGAGAAACUGCAAGGGGUAAUAAAGGUAAUAUGUGGAGCAGCAAAAAAGUGUAUGAAAGAAAAGAAAAUGCAUUUGGGGCCAUGGAGAAAACAGAGAUACAUGCAAGCCAAAUGGCUAAGUCCAUGUGAGAGGACAAUGUCAAUGCCUCUUGUUCCGUCUUCUCGCCUUCCUAAGCCCAAAGCCUCCAUGCUUACUGUUGAUUUCCUCGACAAAUUGCCUAAUCGGACGGCUCUUGAAGUUGUCUGAAUUUCUUGUUAUUAUUAUUCAAUAUAAACUAAUUGUAGAGUUGUAAAUUUCGGUAGUUGCUGUUGUAAAUAAAAUUUACAAUUCAUGAUUAUUAGAACGAAGGUCAAUUCUUUAUUA